AUGUUUCCCAUAUUAACAAGAGGCAUCAAGCAGAACAAGCCUUCCUUCCCAAUAAUAUCGUACAGGACUGGACUUAGGCGAUUGGUUGUAAGUGCUCUGGUUACACUCUGCGUAGGUUCGAUUAAUUAAUUCCAAUAAAGGAUGUAAAUGGUCAUAUAAAACUUGUCCGUCAAUUGGUAAACAUACUUUAUUAUUUGAACUCAAAAGCCAUACAAAUACAAACCCUUUAGCACGUGCGCAUACAAGACAAACAUGCGCACAAGAAGAAGAAGAUUUCGUGAAGUCAAUCUCGUAAAGAUCGGAAAAGGCAACGGUCAUCUUCAAAACCUCGACAAAAGAAUCCUAGUUAAACCGGGUACUUUAUAUUCUCUAAGGCAAGUGUGGUGAACCUAAGAAGAAGUUGUGAAGAGAGAGGAGCUCCUCCAGACCAGGCGACAGGAACACCUAGAAAGGAUAGGAAAUGUGACAUCAUUAACGAGCAAAAUGGUGGUGGUGGUAUAUUAGCAUUUAAUGAUUACAUUAUAGCGGAAGUAGUAGAUAUGUCAAUUCUAGUUAUUAGCUUUCCCC